CAAUCAUACAACAUCUGGCAGGCCUGAGCACUGUGUGUGGGGACGAUCAAAAAAGGGGGUGGGGGUGAUUUGAUGACAUUAAAAGCCUGGGGUCUUGUUGGAAUUGAAGCAGUUCGCUUGUUUAUCAUCUCUGAGCCUGUGGUCUCCAGAUUUUUGUGUCAAGUUUCCAAAUUAAGGUUUGUUCUAUUGUUGGAUAAACGAAAACCUUUUUGAAGAGAUCACAUAAUUUUCUUACAACAAAAAAAUCAUUUUCCAAUUUCAUUUUAAAGGUCUUUUUCAAAAUUAUAAUAUUCGCCUAAAGCGUAAUAUGUGUAAAUAACAGAACCAUUAUUUCAAAAAAAUAUUUUUGUUUGUUACAGUCUAUAAAUGCUUUGACUGUCUGUAACAAAUACACAUUUUGAUUUAGGAAAUAAUAAAACAAUGCUAACAAGUUCAAUUUUUACUCACAUUACUUGACUAGGGCCUGCAUAAUUAUUUCAUCUGUUAAGUUUGUGUCUCACAUUAAUUGAAUUGGGACUGCAUGAUUAUUUCAUGUAAUUUUAUUUUUCUCUUUGCUUAACUUAAAUUAACUUAAGUGAAUUAUUUUUUUGUAGCAGAAACACUGUACAAGAUAACCUGUAUAUAUGAAGAACUCAUUCGAUACUACUGUUAUAGCGUUAUAUUUUUUUUAAAAUGAACGUGGAGUUACAGUGGAGUAUGUAUAGAGUCAGCAAUCUAUCCAAUUGUUCAUGAUGCAGUCCCAGAUUGAAACGUCUGAAUCGUGUAUCUAUUUUGGGCUAUCCGUGGCGUUUAAAUAACAAACAGACAAAAAUAAUUCCUUUUUCUCUUUUCUUAUGCAGGCAGUAGAAUGAAAUUGUUUCUUACUACCUUUGCUUUGUCGGUCUUCUGUAUCAGUGCUACCUUAGGGGAGUCGGAAGUCAAUACUAGGUCAUCCUGUCGCAUCAAUGGUGAGGUGAGUAGAAAAUAAUGUCUUAUAAAUUGUCAGAUGAGUAGCAAAUAAUACGUCUUAUAAAUUGUCAGAUGAGUAGCAAAUAAUACGUCUUAUAACAUGUUAGGUGAUUAGUAAAUAAGAUGUCUACUAACAGGCUUUUAACUUGUGAGGUGAAAACAUGUAACAUGUUGUGUCCUUUCUAUAAAAAAAUUAAAAAAUUAUCAUGUUAUGAAUAAUAACUUUACGUCAUUAUAAAAUCAUUUUUUCAUUUAAUUAAUGUGUUUUCAUUAAUACGACAUAGUAUCAUUAGUUAUGUGAUUUUGUUAACAUUUGAGCUAUCGUGUUAUCCUCAAUGGCCUAAAGGAAUAAGUCAUUGAGUUUUUAAAAAUCUUUCAUCAUUGAUUAAAAAAAAUGAUAAUAAUAAAAUUACCGAUGAAUUAAAUGAUUAAGUCUUAGCUAUCAUUUCUUCAUAUUCUUAUAUUGAAACAUUUUGAUGAUGCCCCUGUUAAGCGCAUUAAUGAAGGAGAAACUGUUGGGAGACGUCUUGAUGGCUGCAACAACUGUUUCUGUUCAUCUUAUGGCUUUGGCUGUACGCUGAUGGCCUGUCCAUGGUACGAAGCACUGGACUGUGAGUUUGAGGGACAGGUAAGCAAAUGUGUCUAUAAUUUUAAUUAAACUGGCACUUAUCGUGUCUACCAUCUAAAUGCUUUGUUCCCACAUCUUUUAAAUGGUGAUGUUUUGUAAUAUUAUUCCAGCCCAUGAUGACGUAUGCGUCGUCCUUUCAAGGUGUAAAGUUUGACCAACUCAACUUUUGAAUGCACGCGCCCCUAUAAGAAAUCAGUUAUUUAUGGUGUCAACUUUUUGGUUUUAUUUAACAGCACUACAACCACUAUGACGUCAUCCCAUCUGAGGAUUGCGGGGACUGUCGUUGCAUGAAUGGCAAUCUGGCAUGUACCAACUGUCCAGCUUAAAAUCUGGCAGGUAUAAGCCAUAUCAUUAGCAUAAAAAUUAAUUUUAGAAUUUAAUUAUUCAUGCUUAAUAUCUAGUUUACUUUGCGAUAAACAUCUACAAUUCUACUUUUCAAAUACUAAAUGUUAAUCUGAAGAAUACGUUAUUACAGUGGUUCUCAACCUUCCUAGUGCCGCGACCCUUCAAUACAGUUUCUCGUGUCGUUGCGACCCCCAGCCACACAAUUAGUUUCAUUACUACUUCAUAGCUGUAAAGAUAUGUGUUUUCAGAUGGCCUUAAGCGACCCCUGGAAAAGGGUCCCGCGAUCCCCAAGUGGGUCGCGACCCACAGGUUGAGAACCGCUGCGUUAUUAUGUUACAACGGAUUAGCAAUGAGCUUACACAUGCAAUGUACAAAAAAAUAAACGAGUGGUGUUACACAAAACAUCCUGAUGAUAGUAGUUGUAAUAUUUUAAACCUGUGGAAUAAACUGUCAAAGAUGUAACAAAUGCUGAUCGCAACAUCGUGUUUUCUCAAAGUAGCUUGAGUCAUAAGAUGCCCUUGUCUUUUGUAUUACUCUCUACCCAGUGGGGUUUACGUUUUAAACACACCACAUAAUUUUAUGACAUGAACAACGACGACAGUUUCACUAAGUUAUUUAUAGUCUUUACAAAAUAUGCUUAUUGCUUUUUUUACAUUGCCAUUUUGCAAAUUAUUUGUUGGUAGUUGUAAAGAAAAUGUGAGCUUCUUGUGAAAAAAUUUCACACUUUCAUCCAAUUCACAGAUUUGUAAGGGAUGAUGACGAAUUCGUAAUAGUUGAUGACAUCAUCAUGGGAAUAUACACUGAAAGACUCGCUUGAACGCUAUGGAAUAUUUCUUUAAGAUGUCUAUGUCAACUUUUGAAUAAAUAGUGUCCUUAUUAAGUUUAAUAACAUAAUAUUUUCUUGUUUGAAAAUUUUGUUUAUACGAUAUAAACUGGAAAUGUUCACGAAGUUGACUUGAAUUUCAAGAAAAAUAAAAUGUAUUUCAGCCAUUU